ACCGGGUGUUGACCGGCGGUACAGCAAUCACAGUCCUUUAUCUAAUCGAGACUAACAAGCAAUCUACCAUGAGAAUUCUACUCCCAUCCUUCCUCUGUUUUCAUGGAUUGCUCCAAAAUUUCCAUCACGAAUUUUACCGUCGUCUCCUCCUUGCUCUUCGCCGGAGGACUCAAGAAACCAAAGUUUUGGGAGGACGAGCUGGGGGAUAUACUGAAACAAGCGUCAACGCCGGACAAGACUGUGAUCAUUGCAGUGGUGAACAAAGCUUAUGUAGAACCAAGCGUGGACUCAAACACGACGAUGCUUGACCUCUUCUUGGAGAGUCUUCGAUUGGAAGAGGACACCGCUUCGCUGCAGAACCAUUUAUUGCUGGCGGCUGUCGAUCAAACGGCUUACAAUCGGUGCAAAGCCGAAAGGCUGCACUGUUAUAGGGUGGUGACGGACGUCGGUGUUGAUUACAGCGGAGAGGAGGUUUUCAUGUCCAACGAUUUUGUUAAGAUGAUGUGGAGAAGAACUCUAUUCCUUUCGAGGGUUCUCAAGUAUGGUUAUAACUUCAUCUACACGGUAUGAUAUUUUUUUUCUAUUAAAAUAGUUUAUACUGU